AGAAGUUUUGUUUCAAAUUUUCGAAUUUUAUGAAGCUACCGCUCAUCUUGAUUUGUCAAAUAAUUCAACGAUCGCAGCUUAUGGCUGGCAAGCUUGCAGUAGAAUGCUAAGAAAAACGGAAUCUCUUAAGCGACUAGAUGCUACAAACGUACAUUUAAAUGAAGAAUUUAUGACUAUACUUAUACGAGGUUUGAGAUAUGCUUAUCUUAUUAUAUUGAAAUUGGAUUCCUGUAAACUUUCUGGACGACUCCUUGAAUUAUUAGUUAUAGCCUUGAAAUUCAACAUGGCAUUGCGGCAGCUUUAUCUUUGUGAUAAUGGAUUACAUGGGUCAGAUUGUAUUCAAAUUGAAACCCUUUUAAAAUUCAACAGUCGAUUGGCAUUUCUUGAUCUGAGCAAUAAUUUGAUUGGAGAUGAGGGCUUAUAUUAUGUCAUAAAUGGGCUAACUCAUCAAUUGCAUUUUGGAAAAAAUAGUAAAUCAAAAAAAGGCCUAGAAAGUUUAAUACUCUGGAAUAAUAAAAUGACAAGAUGUUCGGCUACGCACAUUAAUGCUGCCAUUAAGAGAUCAAAAACGCUAAAAUGCUUAAACAUCGGUUCAAAUACUUUAAUGGAUGAUGUUAUAAUGGAUAUAACAGAUUCCUUAAUGGAAAAUAAAGUCUUACUCAGACUGGAAUUACAAUCGACGGAGAUAACGUGUUACGGGGCCUCAGAAUUAGCACGAGUUCUUAAAGUUAAUAAUUUCAUCAAAAUCCUAGAUCUUCGAAAUAAUCCAAUUUAUAAAUUGGGACUAUUAAGUUUGACAGAAGCCGUGAAGACGAACGAAAAUGUCACAGAGAUUAUUGUUGAUGAAAAAUCCAAAAUAAAAAUAUCGAAUAAAAUAAAAAUAAAGUACAGUGAGCUAGUGAAGCAACUUCAGAGUCUUUGUGAAAGAAAUAAGGAACUUCAGAAGGAAAAGGAAUCGGCAUCCUGUAAUGCAUGUGGGACCGAUGCGGAUGAAGAAAGCGAUGAGAAAGACGAUUCGAUAUUUGGCGAAGAUGAUUUUGAAGAACUGGAAGAGCCACAAGAGGAGCUUCCGAGUCAAUACAAACGUUACAUGACUUGGAAAAUAUAGGAAAACUUCUAAAAUAUGAUUUUUCAUAAUCAUUUCAAAAAACAGGGCUCGAAUGUACACAUUAUUUUGUAAUA